AUGGCGAGAGGAUCACAUCGGUGCAGGCAGCUACAGCCAACUGAAGCCUGUGCAGAUGUUCUGGUGUUAGCCAAAGAAGCCAGAAAGCGAAGUCUUGGCCCUCUUCAUCCUUCUUUUAACGUGAUUAAGAUAAUAAGAGAUGGACUAUUCAAAAACCUUCCAGAAAACACUCACAAGUUGUCAUCAGGCAAGCUGUGUAUUUCACUGACCAGAGUAUCAGAUGGCAAAAACGUGUUGGUAUCUAAUUUUAACUCUAAAGAAGAAAUUGUUCAGGCUUUAAUUUGUAGCUCGUUUGUCCCUAUUUAUUGUGGCCUAAUUCCACCAUCAUUCAGAGGUGUGCGUUAUGUCGAUGGUGGAAUCAGUGACAACUUACCACAGUAUGAUUCUAAGAAUACCAUCACAAUUUCUCCUUUCUCUGGGGAGAGUGAUAUCUGUCCAAAGGGGAACUCUGCAAACUUCCAUGAAAUGAAUGUUACUAAUACCAGCAUUCAGUUCAGCUUAGGAAACCUUUANNAGCUGAUUGACAUAGUAUACCCUGUGUGUUUGCAGGUACUAGGAGAGAUCUGUGAACAAGGAUAUUCAGAUGCACUUAGAUUUUUAAAAGAAAAUGAUAUUCUUAAUGAAUCACUUUAUGUCGACUUGUCCUUAACAAAGAAUAAUGCUCAGGAGCUCAUAGAAGACACUGACUUUAUAAAUAAGAAAACUAUUCAAGAGAGAAAGUGCCCAGAGGAGAUGUUAAAGGAAGAAAUAUUUGGUAACCAGCUAAAGCUAAACACGUGGCCGUUGGAUGAAAGGAUUUUUGAGCAUCUACCUCCUAGACUUCGUAAAGCCUUACAGGAAGCCUGUAAAGAGAAGAGUGGGUUCUAUGCCCAGCUCUCUAAACUCUUACCAAUGCGAGUGAUGUCUUAUCUGAUACUGCCGUAUACACUGCCAGUGGAGUCUGCCUAUUCUGUUGCUUUAAGGUUAGUGGACUGGUUUCCUGAUAUUCCUGAUGAUGUUCGAUGGAUGCAGGGACAACUACGUCGUAUUGUUAGUACAGUUUAUUCUCGGGCAAGAAAUAAACUACUUAGUACAUCCAGUAAAGAAAGCUAUGCAUCACUAAGAAAAUGUCAGACUGUUCCACCUAAUGUAGAGUUAUAUUCGCCCUACUGCCAUUCUAAAGUGCCACACUCUGCUGCAGACCUUGAAGGCUGGCUCUGGGAUUUUCCAUACUGCAGAGACUUAUCAGGGAAGCAAAUUUCUGAUGGCAUAAAGGGACUCACAGACUCUGAUUCUCAUCAUAUUUUCUUCUUGAAUUCUGAAGAAUCUGGCUUGGAAAUGGAUUUUGACUCCUCUUCAGACACAAGUUUCCUAACUGCCUCGGAAGAUUAAUUUUGUAAACUCUGAAAUCCAUUUGACAGAGAAGCUUAAAUCUUGUGGAGUGAACUCAUUCUUCCAUCUAGCCAAUAAGUAUUGGAAGACUGUUUUGUUUACGACUCAAUGACUAAUUGCCUUUGAGACCUUGACAAUGCUAAGGAUUAUAUAAAAUAGUUGUCACUGUACUAUGUAAAAGUCAUUCUUAAUCUAUUAAAUCACUGCCUUCAUUUCAAAAUUACAGUAGAACAAUAUAUAAAAAAAGAUUUCACUCUAAGCAACCUGUAAUUAAAAAGCUACAUAAAAUCAAAUCCUAUAAAUGGCUUAUUCUAAACUGAAACAAGCCUUUAUAGAACAGUUGUAUUUUAAAAGCCAUACUUUUAUACAAUACAUAAGUAUAGUGUUCUUAGAUUAAUUUUAGCACUUGCAUGAAAUCAGACAACCUGUACUUUAUAAAGGGAAAUGUACAUAAAAACUUUAAGGCCCUCUUGUAUCUCUCUGUUUGCCUUUUCAUUUAAAUGUACUGUUUUGUGAGGAAAAGGCACAUUAUACUGUAUGUAUACUGUAUACUGUACCAUACAAUUCAUACUGUAAUCCAAGUUCUCCAUUCCUAACACGUUUUAUGAAGUGCCUCUUAUCCUUAACUAUUGAGAAGGAAAAGGUCACAAGAACCAGGCUGCCUCUAGCCCUAAAUGUUAUGGGACACAAAUCUAUUGACUCCGAUGAAAUUGUGCAUGCUUAGCAUGGGCUUAAUUUGAACUAAUGUUUUUAGAGCAGUGAUCUUUUGAAAAGACAGUAUCUUUGAGUAGAGCUGUAUAAAGUAACAAUGAAGUUGCUGUAACAGACAUUGAAAAACAUCUUUUAAUGUUGUAAUGUCCGAGUGUCAUGUUUGUGCUUUGAUUUGUGGAUUAUAUACAUCAUCUUCUGUAAAAUGGAAAAGGAGGCCCUGUUAGGGUGGGUGGGUUGUGGGUUUUUUUUUUUUUUUUUUUGAAGAGCAGGAAGAAGAUCACAAUGAUUCCAUUCUGUUUUUAAAUACUUCUUGUGCUAACUUAUCUUAAACAGUGCAGGGAAAUUUCUUAGCAUGUUUCCUUCCUGAGAUCAGAAUGAAUAAUUCAAGCUUAAAAUAAAUGUGUUGAUAUUGUUAGCCUCAUGUUGUGCCUAAAAGACUGCAUGCAGGUCUAAGUCCACUGUUAAAAAAAAAUCUCUGCCUCCUCUCCUCAAAACCUCAAAUCCUGUCCACAAUGAAAACUAUAAAAACUAGUCUCAAUAAAAGUUUCAGCGAGGUGUCAAAUCUCAGUAUAAAAUACUUUACGUUAAGUAUUUUAUGAGUUCAUCUGACAAAACUCUGGUAGUUAUGAAAAUAAUUAUUAAACUACUUUUUAAUGAUUAAAAUAAAGGGUUUUUAGCAACAUGUUUUGAGAUAAUGAUUUUUUUUAAAUAUCAUAGAUACAGAUAACAUCUUGUGGCUUGUUUGUAAAAGAUGUGGCAUUUAAGGGGUAAAUGCUAUUUCUAAUACAAUGGUGUACAUUUGGAAUAAAAUCAGCUGUAUUGCAGGGAGAAGGAAACUCUCAAGCAUUUAUUGUAAGUCUAAAGAAAACUGAGUGGAGAUGGGGAGGAGGAGAAAAUGUAUUUUUUGAUAAUAGUAUAGUGUAACUUUUAAAUAUUUACAGGUCUUUGUCAAAACCUUUACAUUCCCAACUUAGACUAAAUGUUAACUAUUUCUUAGGUUUUCAAAGAAAAUUCACAAGUCAAAGUGCUACAUCUUAAGAAUAAACUUAAAAUGUUAUAAACUAUUGUUAACAUGUUGUAAAGCUAUAAUGUUAUUCCCCCCCUAAACUUUUGAAGGAUUUUUAUUAUAUAUCUUUGGUGCUAUUUCUUUUGGAAAAAAUGAUACUUGAUUUAUGUUGGUGCACUCUUGGACAUUGUUGAUUCUGCACAGUGACCUGUUUAAAAAUAUUGGUAUAACCAUUAAUUUAAAAAUAAAAUAAAAUACAAAUUGUGA